AUGCAUCAUCCAUCAGCACAUUAUAACCCGGAAGUAAUCAAUAGUGUUGCUGAUGUUGCAUUGACAUACUUUGGAGAUUCUCAGUUUCAAACCCCAGAAAUUAGAAGUCUUGUAGCGAUGCAUUUAAGAAAUUACAUUGCCGGAGCAAUACCGUUUGAUUUGCUCGAGAACAACGUUAAGCAAAUAAUUCCAAAUACAGAACCUCUACAACACAUCAAAUCUAUUAUCGAAAUUGGUCAACAACCGAUUCCCGAACAACAAAUUACUCAACCUCAAGAUGACACCGAAUCAAAACGAAAGAAAUCACGUCCUUGGUCUCAAUAUGAAGACGACCGCCUUAUAGCAGGUAUAUUACGUUGUGGAUUAGAAAAUUGGACUUCGAUUUCUCGUUUUGUUGGAAACGGGAGAACCAAGUCACAGUGUUCGCAGCGAUGGUUCAGAGGUUUAGAUCCAAAAAUCUCAAAAAUGCAGUGGUCAACAGCUGAAGAAGAUCUUCUUAUUCAUUUGAUUUCUAUUCAUGGAAAUAAAGCUUGGACUACAAUUUCCUCCCAAAUGAAAAACAGGAGUGAUGUUCAAUGUAGAUACAAAUACAAACAGCUCGUUAAAGAAAAACGAAUUCACAAUGGAACCAUUUCUGCUAUAAAUCCGCUAGCACAAGUAGUUUCACCGCCAUCCCAUAAUUCCCCCGCUCAACAGAUUUACGUUCAUCCUCAAUCUUAUACGCCAAAAUUCGUUCAACCGAUGUAUUCUAUUCCAGUUGUACCUCAAGAAGCCCAAAACUACCAGAACUACCAAAACCAGACCAUCUUUAUACCACCAAUGCAGUCGAUUGCCCCUAUAAAAUCUUCAACUCCUCCACAACAAUCAACUCCAAUUUUAACACCUCCACAGCCUCAAUCGCAUAUACUAGUACAAUCCCCAUCUACUCUUCCUACUCUCAUGCAGCAAUAUCCGCAUAUCGAAAAUCCAAGACCUUCAUUACCUCAUGUACAGCCUUUCUUCGAACAUGCUUCACCAAUACAGCCAUCGCCGCUGCAGCCUGAUAUACACCUUAAAAAGAUUGAGAAAGAAUCAUUUAACGAAGAUCACGCUGACGCUUUACAUCACAGUUUCCCUCCAAUCGAAGCUCCUGCAAUUAACGCGAAGCUUUACUCUGUAUAUUAA